AUCAUGCCUUCCGGAGGUCUCCUGCUGCUGCUGGGACUCCUGACCCUCCGGGCAGAGCUGACGCCUGUCACCAACAAUCGUCCAGAGUUUUGUCACCUUCCUGCUGAUCCUGGGCCGUGUAAAGCAAAGAUGUGUCGCUUUUUCUACAACUCAACUUCAAACAAAUGUCAACAGUUUAUUUAUGGUGGAUGCAAGGGGAAUGCCAAUAACUUUGAGACCCACGAUCAAUGUCACUACACCUGUGUUGAAAAGCCUGGGGUGUGUCCCCAGCCACCUCAAGAUUUGAUCACUAUUUGUCCCGUGCUGUGUGGAAGUGACUGGGAAUGCUCUGGGAAAAGCAAGUGUUGCCCUUUUGGUUGCAAGAUUACCUGCAUGGGUCCUGCCUAAGUAUCGCCAAGGAGAAGACCCACCUGAAUUGCGUCUCGUGCACCAACGUGACUCAAAGACCCUCCUUUCUCCCCGCGGCCACCAUGGAGACCCUCCCCACAAAGCACACACGGGAUGCAUUCCUUGCUUGCUUGCAAUAAAGGCGUUGGGUCCUGGCUUC